AUGUCCGGUUCCUACACCAACGGGCCAUUCUCUAGUGCAGCGGGCGGAUCUUUUGGCUCGGUGUCUGGUACCUCGCCAUCGAAUCUUGAUCAUCCUGCAUCAGGGACACGGGCCAAAAUUUCUGGCUCGACUUCACCGAAUGGCAUUCCCACUUCUCUUACUCCAAGUGGUACCACCGUGACUGAUCUCGCAACCGCCACUGAAAUAGUGGAACAUGAUGCCGCGCAGGAAGUUCAGUUGGUCACCAAGAUUUUGUCGUACGAGGUCACUCGCACCAUAGAACACGAUGUUACACAAGAAAUUCAGACAGUCACUCAAGUCUCGUCAUUCACAGAGAUCUCGCCACUCACGGCCAAUCCAGCAGCUUCCGGUCCAUCUUCGGUAUCAGAAGGCGCUUCCUCCACUGACGCAUCCGCCUCGGCUGCCCAUAAAGUUUAUGCUUUCUCGUCACCGUCUCGACCGAAUGCCGGCCUGGAGUAUAUGCUUGCCUAUGUCACGUUUGCCAAUGGCUCUGCGGCCUUGGCCUCAGAGCAGCAGCUCUACUACGCGUCCCUGGCGUCACAGAUUUCCAAUCAAGUGCCUGAGACUCACGGCGGGGAGUACAAGGGAUGCAAGAGCGGCUUGGACGACUCCUGUAUUGACUUGGCAGACUUAGAUCACUCUCCAAUGCUGACCGAGAUCGCUAAUAAUUACUUCGAUUCUUUGACGACUGAGCAGCAGCAACAAGUCAAAGAAGAUGGGCAGCGAUCGUACGACGCCUGCCAGAGAGAGAACAGUGACGGCAACAGCGGCGAUGCAAGCGAAGAUGGCGACAAUGGGGAAGAUGGAGAAGAUGGCAACGACGGGGAAGACGGGAAAGGCUGUAAGGACGGCGACGAUGGUGACGACGGCAAGAAUGGCAAAAACGGCAAGGAUGGUAAGGGCAAAGGGAACGAUCAUGAUGGUCACCACUACCAUCACCACCACCGUUCUCUGUUUCGUGUUCUUGCUGCAGGACUCGGAAGCGCUGGUGCCGCGACUGGUCUUGGUGCCGCUGGUGAGUCUCUUGUUCCUUAUGUCGUUCGUUCUCUGGUUCGGGUGCCUCACGAGAGGGCGUCGUGA